AUGUCUGAACGUAAAGUGCUAAACAAGUACUUCCCCCCGGAUUUCGAUCCUUCCCUCAUCCCGAGGAGAAAGGGGCCCAAGAAUUCUCAACAGGUCGUACGUCUAAUGGCACCUUUCUCAAUGAGAUGUAAUACAUGUGGCGAGUAUAUCUACAAGGGGAAGAAGUUCAACGCUCGCAAAGAGACAGUUGAAGGUGAAGAUUACUAUGGGAUCAAAAUCUUCCGCUUCUACAUCAAGUGCACCCUAUGCUCCGCCGAGAUCACCUUCAAGACCGACCCCAAGAACACUGACUACGCCGCUGAACACGGAGCGUCCCGCAACUUUGAGCCAUGGCGGGAAGAGAAAGCGGUUGAAGAGGAGGACAAACUCGCUCGCCUUGAGGAAGAGGAGAACAAUCCCAUGAAAGCGCUUGAGAAUCGCACAGUCGACGCGAAGCGCGAGAUGGAUAUCAUGGACGCUUUGCACGACAUCCGAGCGCGGAACGCUCGUAAUGAGCGUGUUGGACACUCCGCUGACAUUGCCGCCACUUUAAGUCGAGAAGAAAUAGAAACCGAAGAAGACAGAGAACGAAAGCUGGCUGAAGAAGAGGACGAAAGGCUUGUUAGAGAAGUAUUCUCGAAGGUCACCAUGCCUGUUGCAUCAGGUUCUCGCUCCUCUGGGACCCCUCCAUCGGAUGGCUCUCCGACGGAAAGCUCAACGAGAGUGGUCACUAUAAAACGCAAAGCUGACGAUGUCGAGCCCGACGUCCGAAGCCUCCUACCCGAAGCUGCGAGAGGUUCCGUAAGUUCGAAGGCAACAGCAGCUCCUUCUAAGAAGGCGAAGCUAGAUUUGAAGAACAAGUUGGGAAUCAAAGUGGCUAAGAAGCCUAAAGUGGCGGUGUAG